CGUAGGAAUAUCAAAUUAACUUCAAAUCAGAAUUAAGUUUACAAGAAGUGCUGAAGAGGCAACGGGAGGCUGUCAAAAUAUUUGUGUAUAGAAAACUACGAAAGUCAAACGAAAACAAAUAUACCUGUUUUCUGAAAAAAUUUAAGUUCGAUCGAUAAAUUAAUGUCCUUGUUUUGUUAAGUGGGUUCUGUAAGUUGUGAUUGUAGUAGAAAGGAGGUAAAUAACUAAGAACCUCAUUAGACCCGGAGGGGACCAUUAAGGUCCAUUUGAAAAUGUCACAAAGCGCAGUUCCUGUACCUCGUAGAAGUGGAGCUGCAGAAACUCCAAGAUUUGGCGAUGCUACAGAAUGGGAAGCGCGCGAGGCCCAAAGGCAGCGCGAACUGGACGAAGCACGGGCUCGAGCUGCCCAAAUGGAAAAGACAAUGAAAUGGUGGUCAGAUUGCACAGCUAAUUGGCGCGAAAAAUGGAGCAAGGUACGCACCGAACGCAAUAAAGCUCGAGAAGAAGCCAAACAGUUGAGGGCAAAUCUUGAUAUAGCCAUGAAGGAAUCCAAUUCGUAUAAGCGAGAGAAAAAUGACCUCGAGAUGCAGAUAUCUCAACUCAAAAAAGAAAUGGAAAAAGUCCACACACUAAUGAUGAAACAUGCCGAUCAAUUUCAUAAAGCAGGGAUGUGUGAUGUGUCUGAAGAUGUUGAAGCGAAUGGACGUGAUGUUACCUGCUCGCCAGAUAUUUCCUCUGAUGGUUUAAAAAAUGUAAACAGCGAAGAUGGAUUGGUCACUAAGGCAAUUUGCAAUGAUAUUAAAGAUUUGGACAUUGAAGAAUAUGUGCUAAAGGGCGCAGUGCCGAAAAAUGUUUCUGACAUAGAUGAAGUGUCGGCUGAAGAAAAACGUCUGAUUCAGCAAUUAUCUAAAGAUGACUUUGAUGAAGAGUAUUUGCUUCAGAAAAUUUCUAUGCUUCAAUUGCGUUUAGAUGAAGGGCAGAAGACGGUGCAAGCAGAAAGAGAAGAAAAAAAUAUUUUACACAAAACGAUUGAAAAAUUAACUUUAGAGAUACAAGAAGUACGAGAUCGUCAAGAAGAGCUGCGUCUUGCUAAGCAGGAAGCUGUACGUGAAUUGCUGACACUACAGGAACAACACCGUGCUGAAAUGCGUAUAAUAAAUAAUUCAUUGCAAGAAGAAUCUGCGUCGCGAGAAAAUUUGGAAAGACGUUUGGCAGAACUACGAACUGAGUUGGAACGCCUACAGGCUGAAAAUGCUUCCGAAUGGGGUAAACGUGAGCGUCUCGAAACUGAGAAACUUGCGUUGGAGCGCGAUAACAAAAAGUUACGAGCUGAAGUACGUGAUUAUCAAGAGCGUUCCGAACGUAAAGGGCGUCCCAUGCAGGCGAAUGACGUUGAAGUACGCGCGCUACAACAAGAGUUGUCAGAUCGCAAUAAAGAAAUUAGUGAGAUUAAACUAUCACAUUCCAAAUUGAAGAAACUUUUAGCCGAAACUAAUACAGAGUUAGGACAUGCCGUACGUCGAGCAGAACAAUAUGAAGCUGAGGUAAAACGUUUACGUCAGCGAGUGGAAGAGUUGAAACGUGAAUUAGCUGGUGCUGAAGAUGAAUUAGAUUCGGCUGUAAAUCAAGUACGCCGCUUGCAACGCACCAAUGACGAAUUAGUUGGCCAAACCGAAGGACUGCAAGUGCAAAUACAACAUUUACAAACCAGACGUGCACACAGUCCUCAAUUGCGCACCAUCGGUGGUGUACAGUUGCGCAACAAGAUCGCUGUAGAAAUUCCUAGUGAAUGCUUGCCCAAUAUUAAUGAUCUACGUCAGAUUUUCGAUGAUCAACCAGCUGGUAGUCGUCAUAGCCACAAUGCGGCUAGUAGUUUACCAAAUGGUGGUGGUGUUGCCGAAGUGGCCAUUCCGAAACGCUCAAGUCACACUGAACGUACCUUGAUGCAACAAACCAGCACUUUUUUCGAUGCAAAACCGUCACAUUUGGAAGAGAAUAUAUUUGAGUCGAAAUCGCGUAAUCUCGAAUUCGAGCGUGCCAAACAAAAAUUUGAUAAUCCAUCACAUCUACAGCACCAACAUCAUCACCGCCAGCGCGAGCAGCGUGAACGAUCAUCGGGUAGAUUUGCUGGUGGUCAAGCUGGCCAACAACAACAGACUGGUGGUAAUCGCUCUAAUCUGGCAUUGCCACUAAAAACGACCACCAACUCGGGCAUGGUCAUUAGCGGUGGCGGGAGUGGCAGUGGCAGCGCGAGUUUGAAUUCGAAUUCGAUUGCGACUUCGAAUUCAAAUCCUAAUACAAGUAAAGAUGAUAUAAAUCGCCAAUUAUUUAAUGAUGAUCAUUCGCAUUCCUCGACGUCUGGUGGUGGCAGUGUUGGUGUAGCAGGUGUGGUCGGUAUUGGUGGUACUGCUAGUGCCGCCAGCACUGGCCAAUAUGCCAGAAUGGAUGCUGGUAAUGGCGGCGGAGGUAGUGCUUGUGGCAGUUAUGCAAGGAACAGUAUUAAUUUAGAUGGCCUCAAAGUGUCUGAUGAUGAGUGAUUUAUAAAAACAAUACUAAUAACUUUUAUUAACAAAUCUUAUUUAAAGUUGUAUGCGUUUAAGUGUAUGUAAGUAUGCUUUGAGUUUAUUUUAGUAUCACAAAUAUAUGUACAUACCUAUAUACAGCUAUGGACAGAGGAAUAGCCCAUUUUCCCACAAUAGCAUAUAAAAAUGAUUAUUUUUACUGGACGAUCUAGUAGAACAAUUAUUUUUGCUCAAAUUAUAUUCUUCUAUUUCGGUAUUAUAAAAAAAACGCAAAAUAAAUAACAAUUUAAUAUCUAAAAUUUUAAGGAGCUCGAAAAAUCGGAAUGAAAGAGACACUGAAUAGCGCUCUUUUAGCGAUCAGCAAGAAAAACAGAAAUUAGUUAUUUAAAAUUGGUAAAUUUUGUUUAUUAAUUACUUAUAUAUAUGUGUAUAUAUAUACCUAAUAUAUAUGUAUAUAAUUGGUGCGCACACCCUUUUUGGGUGUUUGACCGCGCUCCUUCUCCUUUUUGUGUUGAGCGUCUUGAUGUUGGUCCACAAAUGGAGGGACCAACAGUUUCAAGCCGACUCGGAACGGUAGAUAUUUUUUUAGGAGGAGCUUUGUCAUGGCAGAAAUACACUGGGAAGUUUGCUAUUGCCUGCCGAGGGGCGACCGCUAUUAGAAAACACUUUUUAUUAAUAUUGGUGUUUCACCGAGAUUCAAACUUACGUUCUCUCUAAAUUCCGAAUGGUAGUCACGCUCCAACCCAUACGACUAUUGACUAAUAUGUGCCUACUAUUCGGAAGUGUAUAUGUUAAAUCUCUAUGCAUGAAACACCGAAAUGAUAAGAACAGUUUUUUCUAAUACCGGUCGCCCCUCGGCAGGAAAUAGGAAACCUCCGAGUGUAUUUCUGUCAUGAGAAAGUACCUCAUAAAAAAGAACAUUUUUCAUUCGAAGUCGGCUUUACACUGUAGGUCCCUCAAUUUGUGGAUCAACAUCAAGACGCACACCACAAAUAGGGGAAGGAGCUAGGCCAAACACCAAAAAAUGGUUUAAGCGCCAAUUAUAGAUUUAAAAGGAAAACAAUUUUUUAAAGGAAACAAAUAUGUAUAUUUAUAAUUAUAACCAACCAGAAUUUACCGAAAAAAUUACUUAUGAUUGAAAUAUAACUGUGUUAUUUUGUUGUCCAACGCAACAGUAUGCAUUUCGAGUAAAACAUGGCAAAAAUUUAUUAAAAAUUAACGGUACUUAUUAUACUAUCAUUGGCAUAAAAAUAUGUAAGAAUAUCAGUUAAUCGUCUAAGAAAUAACUAUUCAUAUAGGGGAUACCUUAAGUAUGCUAUUUCUAUGUCCGUAGCUGUUUUUU